AUGGCAGCCAUUGUGCACCACCAGAUCGUGGGCCUGGCAGCCAUUGUGCACCACCAGAUCGUGGGCCUGGCAGCCAUUGUGCACCACCAGAUCGAUGUAGCUCGAUCCUUUGCAUCAUUGAAAGCCAAACAGGCAUUCCAGACUGAGGGUAAAUUGUAUCUCAUUCUUGAUUUCUUGAAAGGAGGAGACUUAUUCACAAGGCUUUCAAAAGAAGUGAUGUUUACAGAGGAAGACGUGAAGUUCUAUUUGGCUGAGUUAGCAUUAGCUCUAGACCACCUACACUCACUGGGUAUCAUCUACAGAGAUCUCAAACCAGAAAACAUUCUCCUUGAUGAUUCUGGUCACAUCAAGCUGACAGACUUCGGUCUCAGCAAGGAAUCGGUCGAUGGCAAGACCUACUCAUUCUGUGGUACUGUGGAAUACAUGGCACCGGAAGUAGUUAAUAGGAGGGGUCACACGACGGCAGCUGACUGGUGGUCAUUUGGUGUUCUAAUGUAUGAAAUGUUGACGGGAGCCCUGCCAUUUCAAGGACAACAUAGAAAGGAAACAAUGGCACUCAUCCUCAAAGCCAAGCUUGGGAUGCCUCAGUUCCUUAGCCCAGAAGCUCAGAGUCUGCUUCGGAUGUUGUUCAAGAGGAACCCUCAGAACAGACUUGGAGCUGGUCCUAACGGUGUCAAUGAUAUCAAGAAACAUGACUUCUUCUCAAACAUUGACUGGGAGAAACUGAAAAGGCGAGAUCUGAUGCCGCCGUUCAGACCUGUGAUACCUACCAGUGAUAUAGUACACUAUUUUGAUACAGAGUUCACAUCACGUACACCUCGAGACUCACCCGCAGUACCUCCCAGUGCCGGAGCGCAUCAGUUGUUCCGAGGAUUCAGCUACAUUGAUCCAACCUUAUUAGAAGAGGCACAGAAGGAAGCCGCUUCUAAUAACUCCCAUGCACAGUCACCCACAGAACAGAUCGCAAUCAAGCAUGCUCGUAUUUCCUCUAUCCUCGAUGAGUAUGACUUACAAGAGGAUAUUGGUCUUGGUUCCUACUCUGUGUGUAAGAGGUGUACGCACAAAGCCACUGGACAGGACUAUGCAGUAAAGAUCAUUGAAAAGAAUGCCAAGGACAUCAGGGAGGAGAUCGAAAUCUUACUUAGAUAUGGUCACCAUAGCAACAUUAUUACAUUGAGAGAUGUAUUCGAUGAUGGUAAAAACGUGUACAUGGUAAUGGAGUUAAUGCGAGGUGGAGAGCUCUUAGACAGGUUGCUCAAGCAGAAGUUUCUAUCAGAGCGGGAAGCAUGUGAGAUCAUGUUAACAGUCACCAGGACGGUUGAUUUCCUUCAUCAACAAAGGGUUGUACAUCGUGAUUUAAAGCCUAGUAAUAUCUUGUAUGCUGAUGAGAACUACUCACCUAGCUCAUUGAGGAUAGCUGACUUUGGCUUUGCUAAACAAAUGAGAGCUGAUAAUGGUAUGCUGAUGACACCAUGUUAUACAGCCAACUUUGUAGCUCCAGAGGUUCUGAAGAAGCAAGGUUACGAUGCAGCGUGCGAUAUCUGGAGUUUAGGUGUAAUACUCUAUACUAUGUUGGCAGGGUUCACACCAUUUGUACAUAAGCCUGAUGACUCAAGUAAGGUAAUACUAGCCAGGAUACAGGAAGGUAAAUACCUCACUAUGGAUGGUGGAAACUGGGACAACAUCUCAGAUAGAGCUAAGGACCUGAUCUCAAGGAUGCUUCAUGUGGAUCCAUUCCAGAGACCUAGCACCAAACAAGUAUUACAACAUACAUGGUUUCAGAGGAUUGAUUUACUCUCAGAACUCAAACUCAAACCACCAGAAUCAACUUUAGUCAAGUCUGCAGUGAAGGCUACGUUCAAAGCUCUCAACCAAGCACAAGCGGAACAGGGCCCCUUAGAACCGGUAACGGCUUCCGGUCUCGCUCAGAGAAGAAAACUGAAAAAACUCAGCUCAACUACCAUCUAAAGUCUACUUCCUACUAGUUGAUUGAGGCAGCUUAUUGCCACCAGUUUGUCAUAUUCCCAGAUAAUCCAACAUCGCGGUGGUAUUUCAUAAAAUUGAUUGUAAGGUUACAGACGACUCUACGCACAACUGGAACAUGUUCUUAGCUGCCAAGUCAGCUACAUAGGAAUGAAUCAUUUAGCACAAGAAAGGGCCACCAGGUGUGCAUAAAGGUCAUUUGUAACUUACAAACAGCUUUAUGACACGGUCCCCAGUAUGGCUAAAACAAAUGAUGCAGUUCUGGUCGAUGUGAUUCUUGGGUAAUUCAACAUUAUAUAUAAAAUCAUCAAUAUAUUUCCAGGUCAUCUGACAUCACUUUGGCCAAAACCACCCUUGUACUCCUUGUUAUUCCCGGAUUAUCUAACACCAGUAUGGCUGUGACCAUCAACAAACAACUUAUUAUUCUAAUUUCCAUGUUAUCUAUCUAACACUGAUAUGGUUAAAACUCUUUGUAAGACGGGGCCCUGGUCAGGAUGUGAAAUCCAAAUGAAUGUAGUAGGCCUGUGUCUAAUAUUAGAUUCUGGAAACUCAUGCUGGACUGCUUGCUGGGGAGUGGAGAAGGUGCAUACGUUGUGUGAUAUUCAGACGACUUUAUAAAUAGGAAAAAUCAGGGGAAUAUUUCAGUGAAUGAUUUAGUAACUAAUUAUGAGUGAGUAAAUCAAAGACAUGUAUUGGUAAAUGUGUACCUCAUGAACUGGUUUUCAAUUUUCUCUGCAUAAUGCUACCUUAUGGGAAUUUGAUCGUGCAAAAACUCAUUUAUAACAGAGUUGCAAAAUGUAAAACAGAUUAAACAAUAUAAUGGAUUUGAGCCAAAUUAGGCCUCGUCAUUUUAUGUUUCUACAGUCUUAGUGCUAUUAAAAGUCAUUAGUCAAUCUGGGAAUAACAACAUGAUUUUCACCAUUAUUAUUUUGUGAUCCAUGCCCUUUUUCACAUCCCUGUUUUUGCCAUGAGCUACUUAUUUCAAAUAACCCCAUAUGUAAUUCGCCAUUCUGCUAUUAAAAAAAAUAUAAAUAGAAAAUUAAAUAUCAUGGUACAUUUUUCAAAAUUGAUAUACUUGUUAAUUAAUGUUUAAUAAUGCCAAAUUGAAAUCUUUCAUAUCAUCUGAAAUACAAAGCCGAUUACAUUUUAUACAGACAUUUCUAUUAAAAGUAGCAUCCCAGCUUUCAUCAUUUUUCUUUGUUCUACAACAGGCUCCACAUUACUUUGUAGGAAUGUCUAUUGAAAGAAAUUUAAGACGCAAGUUUCAAUUGUCUGUAAACGAAUACAGUAAGUGUGUCCUUCCAAAAAAGAAGUUGAAGGAGAAGAAAGUGUCAUCAUGGCAUGAGAGUCAGUAACCCUUCGUAAGACGGAAAAGGCUGACUGAAAUAAAAUGGUGAUAUUUCUUUCAAACUUUUACAAAUAGCUUAUAAAGGUAACACAUUCAACCCUGGAUCAGUCACUCUGACUAGCUAUUGAGAUUUUACAAUUACAUUAAAAAAAAAGGAGAUAUUUACAGAGGAAUGGUCUUUAUAACGUGGUAACUUUAUGAAGAACUUCGUGAAAUAAUCACCUACUCUCCAAGAAAACUUAUUUAAAGUCAAUAAAGCAUUAGUAUUUUUCAGCAGAUGGGUCCCGAAAGUGUAUGUACAUGUACUUGCUCGCUUCAGUGAGAAAACUUAUACAAGGAGUAAAAAUGAAGUCUUAAACACCAGAUUACAGGUGAUAUCUACAUGUACAUCAGAUUUAGCAUCCGUACCUGGGUUAUGCCAGUACAUCUAUGAUCAAACAGAAUAUGAUAUUGUAUAAGAAAUUAAUGCUUCUAAAUCAUGUAAAAAGUGUACAUUGAUGUUUGAUAUUUUCCAUUUUAUAUUCAAUCAUGAACUAGCUAGUUGAUUUUUUUAUGGAUAAGAAACAUAUAACCGAAUGCUUUUUCUCUUGUAGUGUUGGGUUUGUAGUCCUACGAGUAGGCCUUUAUUGGGGGAUGCUCAUUGUAAAGUAUGUAUGAAACACUGCUUGAUAUUCAAACUGCCUUACUUUAGACUAUCGUUGAGAACAUACAGCAAAUUUGAUGGAUUAAAAAAGAGUUUGGGUAUUGUAACUUCCACGCAGCUUAUUUACACAGUCAUUUUAUGCUGGUGAUAUUUCUUUUACUAAUAAAAAACAAUACCAUCUAUCUCGAUUCAAAAGUAUUGUAUUAGACACAUAGUAAAGCUGAAGGACAUUUGAAGGUUGUUUGAAGGCCAGAAAAAUUGAUUUAUGCAAAUACGUUUAAACUUCCCUAUAUGUUAAAAUUUGAGUAAAUUUGGUUUAUUUUGCUGUAUAAAUUGUGUAUGUAAUGUCCAUUUAAUCUGAUUGUAAAUUCCUGACAUAUUUCAUGUUGAUUUUAUUAUGGAGGGAUUUGCAAUCCUACAUUAUUGUAUUGGCUUAAUUGAAAUAUGUAGAAAAAAAUUGAAUUAUAUUUAAAAAGUAUUAUCAAAUAUUAAGCAUUAAUGCAAACCAUUUUUUCUUUAAAAAAAGGAUAGUUGGUCAUACGUUAAGAGAAAUCAGGAGACACUGUGCAUCCGAGAAAGUAAUGAAAUCAUACAAGAACCAAACCAAAAAAUGUUUAAAGGAGAAUGAAACCCUUGAAACCAGCUGAAUCAAUAUCAAAGAGAAAAAUCAAAGAAAUAUAUUGUUGAAAGUUUGAGGAAGAUUGAAUGAAUGAUAAGAAAGUUAUGAGCAUUUGAAUAUUGAGAUCACUAGUGCCAUGUAGAUCCUCCCAUCGGCAAUGCGACCAAGAUCUGUGAUGUCACACACGUACGACUCCCUCAUUACUUUAGUACUUAUUUCACUUAUAUUCUCACUUUUAUAGAGUCUAUCACAAGGUGAGGUGUUCUUAAUUAUGAGAUGACAAUUAAGUACAGAGGUUUCACAACAUUAUAUCAUUGAUUAAUUAUUUGUCAUAUGAUUAGAAUGAGCAAAAAGAGAUGUUUUGGGGUAUAUUUUCAGUGUCCAAAUGGGAGAGUUGUACGUGUGUGACAUCACAGAUCAUGGUCGCAUUGCCAAUGGGAGGAUCUCCAUAGCAUUAGUGAUCUCGACAUUCAAAUGCUCAUAACUCUUUUAUUGCUAGUCCUAUUUUACUCAAACUUUUGUUGAUCUUAUUCUUUGAUUUUUCUGCUUUCACAAAAGCUAACUUGCUCCAAGAGUUUCAUUCUCCUUUAACUUUAGCGCAGCUCUGUGAAAUUCACUUGGUCUACAAACAUUUGGUCUACUUCUCAGGUAGUCUAAUACCACAUGGACUAAACCCACUUGGUCUAUCAAACAUUUGGUCUACUUCUCAGGUGACUAGUCUAAUACCACAUGGACUAAACCCACUUGGUCUAUCAAACAUUUGGUCUACUUCUCAGGUGACUAGUCUAAUACCACAUGGACUAAACCCACUUGGUCUAUCAAACAUUUGGUCUACUUCUCAGGUAGUCUAAUACCACAUGGACUAAACCCACUUGGUCUAUCAAUUUGGUCUAAUUACUGUUUGGUCUACACCACAUUUGGUCUAAUACCCACUAAGUCUAAUUCUCAUUUAGUCUAAUGCUCAGUUGGUCUAUUUUCCACUUCAUGUACUUACAAUUUGUUUUCACUUAUGAACCAAAUAAAAAUUUGGUUCUUAACAGUUCAAUAAACCAUAUUGAUUAAGUGGUAUUAGACCAAGUAGAUAUUAGAUGAAAUAGGUAGAGCCUAACUGGAAAUUAGACAAAAUGGGAAAUACGCUAAAUGGCAAUUGGACCAAAUGUAAGUAGAUAAACUGGUUGAAGGUGAAGUAGGUGGACGAGACAAAACGGACAAAAGACAAUCCAGCAAAUUACCAUCCAUAUACCGUACGAGACUCUCUGGGCCUCGUAACAUGAAGUAUAACGGUUGAUCAUGAAGCUGGUUUAUAAGAUUGAUGAUUAUGUAUGAUGAAUCGUAAAAAUUAUCUCUACAAGCAAUUGCUAGUCUUUGUGUUACAGUCCCCUGGAGCCCGUAACACAAAGCUUAGCAGUGAUCGUAGAACAUUUUUUCUACGUGUCGAUUGGUUGGAUAGACUACAAUGUACAAUCAUUUGUGAAAAUCGAGCGUACGUGUAAUCGUUAACCUUUGUGUUACGGUCCUCUUUGUGUGUCAAAAAGUGGGUUUAUGCAUCAUGAAUGUCAGGAAAAUAUGUACCUUUCAUUGAUUUUAAUGUUCAAAUGUAUUAGAAAGUUUGAUUUUUUUUGUAUAUUGUACAUCACCAAAGUAAUCAACCGUGUGUGGCACUUUGUACAAAAGGAUGUGCCAAGUUUAUACCAUUUUGUUGUAUGCAUGUUCUUACGAUAAUGCAAUAAUUCAUGAAUCGGAGAAAACAGAAUCGGUCGGUUGUUCCCAUUUAAUAUUUCUCAAUUAUUUCUUAAUCUAGGGAGUGUAUUUUCAUGAAGCACCCCUUGUAGAUGGUUUUCACUGACAAAUUUGUUCUUAGCCAAUUAAAUCUAAGGAUUUCUUUAGCUUUUUACAUAAAGUCAGUGAAAGUCACUAUAUCAGCUGCUCGCAGGGAAGUUGUAGAAACAGGCAAAAUGGAGGUUUAAAACUUGUAAGAUAUUUGUUUACUUUUCAAUCUUAGUACUUGUAGAACUUAAAACUACCUCUGACUCUUGUGAUGUUAUUUUGUAGGAAAUUUUGGGGCGUUUUCAACGCAACAAUUCUGGAUUACCCAUAGAAAAUUUACCCUGCUCUGUUUUCGGGGGAAAAGAGUUUGAACGACCAAAGUGUAUUGAGGUAUUUUAAAUGUUAUUACUAACAUCUGUAAUCGUCUGUUUGUAUAAUUUGUAUAUUGAUCAAGAAUAUUAAUCUGAAUUUAUUUUCAAAGAUUUGUGUGUUUCUAAUCACGAUGGACAAGGCAUGAGAGAAUUAAUGAUGGAAAGCUUAAACUGUUGGGCGAAACACGAUGAAGAGAGAUGGAAAUGAUAUGCCCUUUUAUAGAAUAGUUAUUAGAAAUAAUGAAGAUCGUCCUAGUAUAUUAAAAACAUUAAAUAUGACUUUCGCUAUGCUGAAUUAUUAGAAAAAUGCUUGAAGCUCCAUAACUUCUUGUGUACAUUCUGAAAUUAAUGAAGAAUGUUUUGUUGCGUAGACAUGUUUAAUGUGGAUUAACCUUUCAUAUGUUAUGAUUUUCCAAAAAUAUAUAUUUUUCUUUAUAUCUUCCAGCUACAAUAUGGAUAUCAGAAUUUCUUUUAAAUGACAAUGUAGAGUUUCUUUCAUUUCAUUUUGUAUAAAAAAGAACAACAGUACUGAUCUAAUACUGUUUGUAUACAUGUCAGAUGGUUCAAGGAAUUAUGUGCCUUCUAAAUAUUAAAUAUUGUGAAAUGGCACAAGGAACACAGUA